CCCCAACAAUCUCUCCGUAAGACAUCUCGAAGGCGUACCCGGUGUAUCUGUCUCGCCAAGAGUGCGAUUCGUUCUCCCACUUUUGCCCCAAUGACCAUGGAGUCCUCGGACAUUCACCUACACUCUCCAAUUCAUGACUUGCAGCACGACUCUCAAUUCGUCGUCGACUUGGACGAUGACGCCGACACCGCAUCUCAAAGAUCAAUCUCCUUGGACUCGCCAGCACCUUCACCCCGUCAUUCCCUUGCGCGCGCUGCACCACUCUCCCCUCCGUUGAAGCGGACGUUCGAGCCUCACGCAUUUGAACUACCGACUGAUGGAGAGCCAAACCACCUCGGAGCGCCUUCCAUGUCGCGCGAGGACUCCGCGUCGUCAACGUACACCGAGCCUGACUUGAUCGGCGCCAGCGAACAGACGAGCGUCAUCUCAAGUUACCCGCCGAGGUCGGACUUCACCACUCGGGAGUCGUCGGCGAGGGAGUCGGUCGUGUCUUUCGCGUCAGGCUCGUCAGGGAAGAAGGCUCGGCCGGAGUCCAUGCUUGCAGAACUGAAGGGACCCCUCAUGCUCGGCAUUGCGCUCAUCGACUUCAAUCAUCUGGUGGGCCCCCGGAUAGAGUGGUCUAAAGGUCCGCUUUUUGAAGAAGACGACGUGAAAAUAACCGAGAUUCUGCCGUUCCUGGCUUUACCGGACGGUGCUCAUCUGACCGAAGAAGAUUACGCAUACUUCCACUUGGUUCCCACUACAUCACCCAAUCCAACCACCGUCUUCGGGAUAUCAUGCAACCGUCAGAUCGCUGCCAAAUCGCUCCUCGUCAAGGGCGAGGAUGUCACACGCACGACGGUUCAAAAAGCCGUGGCCGUCUUUGCGUCCAAGCCGAUCUUUGGUCUACUAAGAGACCGAUUAGGUGUCAUCACGCGAGCUUUGUUUGACCAACGGGAUUUCACGGACCUCGGGAUCUUGGCAGACUUCUACGAAUCGUUGGAAAUGAGUAUGCGCAGCCAACUAACAGAGUCCGGGCUGUAUAUGGGAACCAGCCUACGGGAGCUGGUUCAUGCGUUUCGGCAACGAACACUGGUCAUUCUUAAAACGCUCAUUCUGCAGAAGAAGAUCAUGUUCAGUGGACAUCCUGUGGAGCGCUUGUGCACACAUCAAUAUUCUCUGAUAUCCUUGAUACCAGGUUUGCUCCAAAGUUUGGAGGACUGCGGAUCGCCACCACUCAAUACUCGCGCACCAACACUGAUGCAGGCAUCAUCGCUCAAAACCUCUGACCGGAAGAGCAUGAUGGCUUAUUUGGGCUUACCUCUUGACCUUUUCGGCAAGGACGCAUUCUUCCAACCGUACAUACCGCUACAACAGAUGGACAUGAUGAAGGAUACCCCAAGUUGGCUAUGUGGCAGCACUAAUACCAUCGUCACGAACUCCAAGGAGGUGGAUCUUCUCGUUAACCUAGAAACUGGCGCACUUGAAUUUCGCAACCCUGGGCUCGAACGGUUGGUUGCAUUGACAGCCGCCGACCGCAAGUGGAUGGAUGAGAUCGUCCGCGAUGUGAACGAAGGAUGGGAUAAUGCAGAUCCCGCGCGCCCUACACGUAUGCUGUUCAAGGGUAGCGAUGAUUAUCUGCGAACGAAGUUCGAGGAAUACGUGUUCGCGGCACUUUCAUCCAUCAAGUACGCCGACUUUCUAGCGAAGGGCGACGGAUCUGGCGUAGUUAUAGCGGGAGGAUCAGGCGGUGACACGCGCUCUGCUGAGGAUUUCAACCUUGCGUGGAUUGCGGAAUUCCGUCGGACGCACGCCUACGAAAUCUGGAAUCGCAUCACUGACCCUGUGCUCUUUGACAUUGUGGAACCACGACAUCCAUGUGGCGAGAAACCAUCGCUGGCGGCCGACAUUGGUUUGCGACUGAGUGAAGGCAUUCAAGAACUGAAGCUCGACCAGCAGCUCGCUCCAGCUCGUGAGGUUGUGUCGCGCACGAUCUCGGCCGGAUCAACCGGAUUCUUCCGUGCCGUAGAAGGCGUAAGAGGACGUUGGGCGGCACGGGCAGCAUCUGGCGCUUCUCCAUCGCCAACGCCCGCAUCGUCUAGUCCGAAUGUCUCUCCUACUCCCGACAAACACCUUUCGACUUCUACAUUCGACAAGUUGGAUGCGGAUACUAUCUCAGUCAAAAGCUCUGCUUCUAGUGCGAAAGAGAACCCUGCGGAAGCCCAGCGACGGUUGGGCGUCGCCGCCACCGAGACUAAGGCAGCUGUCAGCUCAUGGGGUGUAGGCAUUGGCAGCUUCCUCUCUACUCGGUUCUCCCGGGUGGCCCCCACUCUGGCUGUUCCUUCCGCCUCACCGUCAUCGAAUACUCCAGCCGCAGCUCCUGAGGUAGCACCCAUAGGGUCUACGGCUCUAGCACCGGAUGAAGAAGCUCUAUUCCAACCGCGGGACUUGGACGCGGAACGCGCCGAUAGCAACAGCAUGAGGUCUGAUCAAGGACGGGUUGCAUCCAAUAGGGAUAGUAUAACCUCCAAUCGGACCAGCAGGUCGUCGAUGCGGGAGAGUCUGAGCAGUCGUUUGGAAGCCGCUCUCACAAGCUCCGCCACGAAACGGGAUAGUGCGGCCUCUGAGUCGGAGAGGUCGUUGGGAGAGGAACCGGAAAGAGAAGACGUGGGCGAGACGCACGGCCAAAGCAUGGAGAAGGCGGUCCCCCAAGCCUCCAUCCUCACCGAAUUGAAAGAUGACACAACUUCGCGGAGCACUCCGAUGGCUGACCCACUGCACGAGCGGGAAGUCCAGGACGGCACCGCAGUUCAUGUGGGUUUCGCAGUAUGAAGUUGUAAGGCUCAGGGCUGGAAAUACAUAAGAGGUAUCACAGUUCGCAUUCUGCGGGAUCGGUACGGAGGUCUAUCCAAUGUCUAUUGAUGGCCUGAUUAUCUCUCAGUGCUUGGAACAGUCAAUGCAUGCAUGUAGCUUAUAGCACCACAAUGACUUUGAUCUGUUGG